CUCAUAAAUCGAACAGUAAGAGAAGUGGAAAAGAUAAUAUUAUUAACUAAAAUUCUCUGUGAGCUUCACGGGAAAAAAAGGAAAAGAAAAUAAAAGAGGAUAGAGAUAGAUAUUGUACAUAGCUGAUAAAGAAAAAAGAGAGAGUGUGGAAGCUCGGUUCGUGUAUAUUUCUCGGGGAUUGAGAUGUCAGGUGGGUGUAGCAUAGUCUGGUUCAGGAGAGAUCUGAGGAUAGAAGAUAACCCAGCACUCGCAGCUGGCGUAAGAGCUGGUGCUGUUGUUGCAGUGUUUAUAUGGGCACCUGAAGAGGAAGGCCAUUAUUAUCCUGGUAGGGUCUCAAGGUGGUGGCUGAAGCAGAGUUUGGCUCAUCUGGAUUCGUCUUUGAGGAGCCUUGGGACUCCUCUUGUCACCAAGAGAUCAACUGAUAGUGUUUCUACUCUUCUUGAGGUUGUUAAAUCUACUGGUGCUACCCAUAUCUUCUUCAACCACUUGUAUGACCCCUUGUCACUGGUUAGGGAUCACCGGGCAAAGGAGAUUUUGACUGCUCAAGGAAUAGCCGUAAGAUCCUUCAAUGCAGAUUUGCUUUAUGAACCGUGGGACGUUAAUGAUGCCCAAGGACGCCCUUUCACCACCUUUGCUGCCUUCUGGGAAACAUGCCUUAGCAUGCCUUAUGAUCCAGAGGCUCCUCUUCUCCCACCAAAGAGGAUUAUUUCAGGUGAUAUAUCGAGAUGCCCUUCAGAUUUGUUGAUAUUUGAAGAUGAAUCUGAAAAGGGAAGCAAUGCACUGCUUGCUCGAGCGUGGUCACCUGGGUGGAGUAAUGCUGAUAAGGCUUUGACUACAUUCAUCAAUGGACCAUUAAUUGAGUACUCCAAGAAUCGUAGGAAGGCUGACAGUGCUACAACAUCUUUUCUUUCUCCCCAUUUGCAUUUUGGGGAGGUUAGUGUCAGAAAAGUCUUUCACCUUGUCCGUAUUAAGCAGGUUCUUUGGGCAAAUGAAGGGAACAAGGCAGGCGAAGAGAGUGUAAACUUGUUUCUUAAGUCAAUUGGUCUGAGAGAAUAUUCAAGAUACAUGAGUUUUAACCAUCCUUACAGUCAUGAACGUCCACUUCUUGGGCACCUUAAAUUUUUUCCUUGGGUAGUGGAUGAAGGUUAUUUUAAGGCUUGGAGACAAGGUAGAACUGGUUAUCCAUUAGUUGAUGCUGGAAUGAGAGAGUUGUGGGCUACUGGUUGGCUGCAUGAUCGAAUCCGAGUAGUAGUUUCUAGUUUCUUUGUGAAAGUUCUGCAGCUUCCAUGGAGAUGGGGAAUGAAGUAUUUCUGGGAUACUCUUUUGGAUGCUGAUUUAGAAAGUGAUGCUCUUGGUUGGCAGUACAUUUCCGGUACUCUCCCUGAUGGCCGUGCCUUUGAUCGCAUUGACAAUCCGCAGUUUGAGGGUUACAAAUUUGAUCCGCAUGGAGAAUAUGUAAGACGGUGGCUUCCAGAACUUGCCAGGCUACCAACUGAAUGGAUACAUCAUCCAUGGAAUGCACCUGAAUCCUUACUCCAAGCUGCCGGAAUUGAGCUUGGAUCAAAUUAUCCUCUCCCAAUUGUAGGGAUAGAUGCAGCUAAAGUCAGGUUGCAAGAAGCGCUUUCAGAAAUGUGGCAGCAAGAAGCAGCUUUCAGAGCUGCCAUUGAGAAUGGGACUGAGGAAGGGCUUGGAGAUUCAUCUGAAUCAGCCCCGUUUGCUUUCCCUCAAGACAUGCAAAUGGAAGAAACUCAUGAGCUUGUAAGAAAUAACCUUCCUACUACGAUUCGGCGUUAUGAGGAUCAGAUGGUUCCAAGCAUUACUUCUUUGCUAAGAGUUGAAGACCAAGAAACUUCUUCAGAUAUUCAAAAUGUUGCAGAAGACAGCAGAGGAGUGGUGCCAAGAAAUGUAAAUGUCAAUCAAGAACAAAGUAGAUACGCUUUAAAUCAGGGGGCUGCACAAACUAUUCAUGGUAACAAUAAUUUGCCGCAUUUUAGUGUUGUCAGUGAUCCGGGAAAUGUGGAAGAUUCAACAGCAGAAUCUUCUAGUAGUAGUAGAGGUAUAGUUCCAGUCUGGUCCCCUCCAACCGCUAGUUACUCAGAUCAAUUUGCUGGAGAUGAAAAUGGAAUUGGAACAAGUUCUUAUUUGCAGAGGCAUCCACAAUCUCACCAGAUAAUGAAUUGGAGGCGGCUCUCUCAGAAUGGGUGAAAAAGCAUAUGUUCAUGGCGAGACUUGGUGAUAGGAGGUGGAGAAAACAGUGAUGCUUAAUCCUGUGAAUCAGUGCAAAAGCUUGUGUAUCAUAGUCCAAAAAGAUUCAGGCAGUGCAUGAUCUGCUAUCCUUCUUCCUGAACUUGAUGUACAAUAAUACGUAGUUUCUGCUGUAUAGUAUUAAUUUAUAAGCGAGGGUGAGAGUGAUCAUAGGGAUUUCGUAGUUUCUGUAAUAAACCCAGGUUUGUGCUUUUCUAGUUAAUUGAUUAGGCAGAUGAUUUACUCUUUUUGAUGCUUGACUCUGAUUCCUUGUC